CCAAUGGUCAUCCUUCCUCGCCUCUCUGCUCCCGACCUCAAACUUCUCCCCUUCUCAUCUUCUGCGUCAUUGAUUCCCCAAACUAUAAUUUCCAUUAUCUGCUUUUCCAGAUUUCUCACUCCUCCAUCUCUGACUCUCUGCACAUAAGCCAAUCAGAAGCCGCCCCUCCUGCUUCCUUCUCUUUCUCUUCUCCCCAUAGGGAAAAUACCCCCGUCGUGAUGAGAUUGAGUGGGGGGCUUUUCUUCUUUGCAAACCGUGAAAUUUCACCGCUAUUACUCAGUUUGAGAAUUUCGAUUCCGUCUACCGUGGCAAAGUCAAAGCUCGAGGGGCGAUUCUUUCAUUUCAUUCCCAUUGAGGAAAUGAGCCGUGCGGCAUUGUCACUGCGCCACUAAAGAUUCAGCCAUGAACCAGGCAAUGAAAACUAUAAAUAAGUUACCUUGCAAAAUGUCAGCAAUUGUAGUUCCUCAAGUCAUCCUGAAAAACUUUAAGGUGUUUAAAACCUCCAAGGCAACUCACGUGCUUGCCCUCUCUCAUGUUCACAUGAGACAUUCCCCUGUUUGCUGCACAACGUUGCCCCAGUGGGAACCUUCACCAGUCAUAUAUGCUUCUGCAGAGGAUGGUGGCGAUAAAUUCUUAGAAAAUACUACCAACAUUUUUGAAUCUUUGACUUCUAAAGAUACAGUGGAAAAAGCAAGUAAGACUGAAGAGCUUACACAUACUAGUAAUGAGCCACUAGUACAGCCUCAGUUUCUUAAAUGGCCAAUGUGGCUACUGGGUCCUUCUAUUCUCUUGGUUACGGGCAUGGUACCUACUCUAUGGCUACCAAUAUCUUCCAUAUUCCUUGGCCCCAAUAUAGUCAGUCUUCUUUCCCUGAUUGGCCUUGACUGCAUCUUCAAUCUUGGUGCAACUCUUUUCCUGCUCAUGGCCGAUUCAUGUGCACGGCCCAAAAACUCAGCAGAAACCUGCAUCAGCAAGCCUCCUUUCAGUUAUAAGUUUUGGAAUAUAUUUGCAACUGUGGCUGGAUUUAUCAUCCCCUUAAUUAUUCUUUUUGCGUCUCACAAGGGCCUCCUUGAGCCCCAGCUUCCUCUGAUCUCGUCCGCAGUUCUCUUGGCCCCCUACCUCAUUCUUUUGUCUGUGCAGAUUCUCACGGAAAUAUUGACAUGGCACUGGCAGUCACCAGUAUGGUUGGUCACCCCAGUUGUGUAUGAAGCUUACCGAGUUUUGCAGUUGAUGAGGGGUUUGAAACUAGGGGCUGAGCUAAUUGCUCCAGUUUGGAUACUUCACACAAUUAGGGGACUAGUGUCUUGGUGGGUGCUAAUUCUUGGAAUGCAACUCAUGAGGGUAGCUUGGUUUGCUGGUUUUACUGCACGUAAACAACAACCUUCUGCUUCUGCCAGUGAUUAAAUUCCAUUUAACUGUUGUUCAAGGUUUGCCAGAAGAAGUGUGGUAUCAGAUAUAGAUAUUUGAACAUACAAAAGAAAGUGCUCUCAAAAAGAAAAAGAAAAAUGAACAUACAACCGAAGCGUGUUCUCAAAAAGAAGAAGAAAUAAAGGAGAUUGUCUGAUAGGUUUAGUAGAAAAAAAAAAAAAAAGAAAAACUUUUCAGCAAAGAUUUUGAUCAUGUAUGUACUUUCCCGAAGUUGAAUUUCUGAUGGCUAUGGUUCUAUCUCCCUCUUGUCUUAUGUUUAUAUUUUCCCAAAACCAGCUUGUCACUUCUGAUCUGCGAUUUAAGGACAUUAAUCUCAAUUUGCAGGUUAUUGAUGACUGCUUUUGAUGAAUAUCAUGUCGAGUCCUUGAGUUUCCUUUGUGUUAAAGGGUUCUGUUUCAGCUUGCUGUUCUUGGUUGUGGCUGAAGGUGUCAUCUGAUUUAGGAAGUUUAAGGCAUCAAUGCUUUAUGACCGAAUACUCCAGCUAACACCAGGAAAUAUUUUGGUAGCGUUGUCAAAUUCAUUCCUGAAUAUGAUUGGAAAGUGAGUUCAUUUAGUUCUA